CCAGCUGUGAGCGCCGCCGGCAAAACAAUUCUCAUCACUGGCGGCGGAUCUGGAAUUGGGCCUCGUAUUGCUGAAGCGUUUGCAAUUGCAGGAAGCAAGCAAAUUGCACUUCUCGGACGGACCAAAUCAACCCUUGAAAAGACCAAAUCAACCCUGGAGUCGACACAUAGCGGAUUGAAGGUCUUUAUUUUCGUGGCGGACAUCACCGAUGCUUCGGCCGUCAACGCUGCCUUCCAGGGCACGAGAGCAACGUUCGGGCCCAUUGACAUCUUUAUCUCAAACGCGGCAUACCUACCGGAUACGGUGCCACUGAAGGAUAUGGCCAUCUCCGAUUUUGCGAAGGGACUGACCACUAAUGUUGUGGGCAAUCUUAUCACUACACAGGCCUUUCUUGCAACCGCCGCUCCAUCCAAUGCCGUGCUCAUCAACGUCACCACCGGCGCCGUUCAUCUCCCCUCCAUGCCCAACUAUUCGGGUUAUCAAACAAGUAAGACUGCGGCGCUGAAAUUUUUCGAAGCGGUACAGGCGGAAAACCCAAUGACAACUCCAUUCCAUUUUGAUGACCUCGACUUGCCAGGCCAUUUCAUGGUGUGGGCUGCUAGUCCGGAGGCAGCUUUCCUAAAGGGAAAGGUCAUUUGGAGUAACUGGGACGUGGAUGAGCUGAAGGAGCGAAAGGAGGAGCUCCAAGGUGGGGACAAGCUGACCAUGGUGUUGAAUGGAUGGCCACGGAAGGAUUGA